AUGAACCAGGAUGGGGGUCCUGAGGGGCAAGGAGAAGGUAGGCCAGGACGGUCUGAUGAAGGCUGGAGGACACACAGGUUUCUGUUUUCUAGUCCUGAACUGGACAGGGAUCAUGCCGAAGGUGAUACAUGCUUUCUGCUCGAAGCCUCUUCACUCACCUGGGACUGUGAAGAGUACCCAACAGUCAACCGCCUGUCCUCGGGCCAGCUGCCCUGUGAAGAAUGUCUAGAGGCAGAUUCAGAGACCAUUCCUCUGCCGCAGUUCUGUUCCUGGGGUGUUCUCCCAGAGUCCUCCCUUCUAGAAGGCUCCCAGCAGAGUGAGAGUGACUGGGAGGACCUGGAGGAGCCCUUGGAUGGAGAUGAUGGGACCCUCAGACAAAGGAACUCAGCAGACAGGCUUGUGCUGUAUCAGCAGGUUGGGGCAGGAAGAAGAAGAGUUAAUGAUUCAAAAGAGGAUAAUUCAGAUGACCUGAAUUUCCAGAACACUUCGCCUUCAUCAAGUCAGAAAAAUACACCUACAACAGAGGUUUUUGAAAAAAAUUCAGAGAAGGUAAAAUCCUCCAAUCUAACAUUCUUAAGAAAGAAUCAUGACUUACUUUUUCAGGUGCCUCCAGAAAGGGAGAGUGAUGAUUCUGAGUGGGAUGUCAGUGAUUUCUCCCACAGAAACAGGUGGAGCCGUGUGGACGCAGAGUCUGCAGGGCCAUCAGAGACUGUCUCCCUACUGCCUCCUGAGAGGUCCACUGACAUUGAAGCAACUGAAAAGGAGCUAGCUCAGUUGUCUCGGAUUCAACCAUUAAUAUUCAAUAAUUCUUCAGUUUCUGUCAUAAGGGAUUCUUUGAAAAUGCUGCAGAAAAAAGACGAAUAUAUCAUCAAUGAGUUUUUGGCGUUAGAACAAAUGGCUCUGUCUGAUGAUUUCAACUAUGGGACUGCAGAAAGCAACAGAGAAAAAAACAGAUACCGAGAUAUUCUUCCAUAUGAUUCAACACGUGUUCCUCUUGGAAAAAACAAGGACUACAUCAAUGCUAGUUAUAUUAAAAUAGUAAAUUGUGAAGAAGAGUAUUUUUAUAUUGCUACUCAAGGACCACUGUCAGAUACUAUACAAGACUUUUGGCAAAUGGUUAUGGAAAAUAAUUGUAAUGUUAUUGCUAUGAUAACCAGAGAGAUAGAAUUUGGAGUUUUCAAGUGUUACACUUACUGGCCCAUUUCUGUGGCGGAGCCUUUGGAAUUUAAACACUUCCGUGUCUUUCUGAAGAACUCUCAGAUAACUCAAUAUUUCAUCAUUCGAAUAUUUCAAAUUGUGAAGAAGUCUACAGGAAUGAGUCAGAGUGUAAAACACUUCCAGUUCACCAAUUGGUCAGACCAUGGCACUCCUGCCUCAGCGGAUUUUUUCAUAAAAUAUGUCCGUUAUGUGAGGAAGAGCCACAUUACAGGACCCCUGCUUGUUCACUGCAGUGCUGGUGUAGGCCGAACUGGGGUGUUCAUAUGUAUGGAUGUUGCAUUUUGUGCCAUCGAGAAGAACUACUCAUUCAACAUUAUGGACAUAGUGACCCAGAUGAGAAAACAGCGUGCUGGCAUGAUUCAAACAAGAGAGCAGUAUCAAUUUUGUUAUGAAAUUCUACUUGGAGUUCUUCAGAAUCUUCUGGCUUUGAGUUAA